UGGGUUAGUGGUGGGCUUGGCAGUGCUGGGGCAACAGUUGGAAUAGAUGAUCUCAAAGGCCCUUUCCAACCUGAACAAUUCUGUGAGCACUGGGUUUGGGCUGGAUGAGCUGUUGACAAUUGUGAGAGAAGGCUGUGUGUUGAUGAGCUGAUCCUUCAGGGAUCAGGAAAGGGACUGACUUGGCUGUACACCAUGGUUCAUGUUCCACUGGGUAUGGAACUGGGACCCGAGUGCACUGCAGAUGUUAUCUUUGGAUUUCAGUUAACUUCUUUACUAACCAUGAAAACCUUGCUGCUUUUCCUUCAUAUUUGCUGAAUGGCAUGAGUCAGAUAUUAAAGCAGUGACUUCAGGUUCCGCCCUGGGCUGGACCCCGACAAGGAAACGCCAAAUAAGUUGUACCAGAAACCCGCGCGUUGCCUGAAGAGCGGCAGGGUGGCCAUUCCCUUCCAGGGCAAGGCCAUGGGGCUGCCUGUGUCUGUCAGAUGGGGAGCACAAAGAGCCUCAGUAUAAAUACUCCCAGGACACAGUCAGUGAGGGCAGUUUUAUUCCAGUACACAGAAUGGACCUUUUUCCUCUGGACUUUAAGCAACAUUUUGGCCGAACAAAUGGAGCUGACCUUUUUGUUAAAAGCAUGUUAUCUUCUCAUGCUUGUUUCAGUAAGAGGUUGUUAAAAUUGAAAGAACUCCUUAACUUGUAGAACAGCUGACUUAAGUAAUUCCAAUAGCAUUUAUCAUUUUACCUUUUGCUCCUUGGAGUUGGAGAGUUUGUAGUCUUUUUUUUGACGAGGAGAAAUAAGAACAGUAGCUCUAACUCUGUGUGUUCUUUGCACAGGUGGAGAGAGAGGUUGAGUCUAUGAAGUUAAUUUUUAAGUUGAUGAAAAGAUUCACAUUUGUUUUGAAGAUGACUGACCUGCCCACAAGCUCAAGUUUGUUCCUGCUCAGAUGCAAAGGAAGGAUUACAGAUACUUAUCAAGAGCAGCUUUAAUAAAGAGAUCAGAAAGUCUUCUAUUAGAAACUGGAAACUAUUCUGUAAAGUGAGGGAAUGCAACCAAAGUUGGCAUCUGGUGCUGAGGCACCAGUGAAGAGCUCUCUCCCUCUUGAACGCAUGUACAUGAAGGAAACUGUCUUGACAGAUGAAGCCCUUGGUUGUGUCUCCCGGGUGCCAGGCCCGGGACAGCGGGGCCCGGAGCUGCCAUGACGACGGGCGACUGCUGCCACCUCCCCGGCUCCCUCUGCGACUGCCCGGGAAGCGCUGCCCUCUCCAAGUCGGUGGAGGACUCGGACAUCGGCCGCCCGCAGUACAUCACACAGGUCACCGCCAAGGACGGGCGCCUCCUCUCCACGGUGAUCAAGGCUCUGGGCGCCCAGAGUGGCUGAAGGACCCCGGGCCCCGCAAUGAGAAGAGGACGCUGUUCUGUGACAUGGUGUGUUUCCUGUUCAUCACUCCUCUGGCGGCGAUCUCGGGCUGGCUGUGUCUGCGCGGGGCCCAGGACCACUUGCAGUUCAACAGCCGGCUGGAGGCCAUCGGACUCAUAGCACUCACUAUAGCACUUUUCACCAUCUACGUCCUUUGGACGCUGGUCUCGUUCCGCUACCACUGCCAGCUGUACUCGGAGUGGCGAAGGACCAACCAGAAAGUCCGCUUGAUGAUCCCAGCCUCGCGGAGCCCUCACCCUGUGCCCCACUCCCUCCUCUCCGCCAAGCUCAUGAAGAAGACCGCAGAUGAGACCACCGUCUGAGCCGUCCCGCGGCCGGCCGAGGUGGAGGGUCGAGUGUCCCCGCAGGCCCAGGAAACACGGCAGCUGUGGGGGCACUGGAAAACAAUCAUCCCACCCAAAGGGACUCUGCGCUCAGCACGUGCUUUAGACCUUGGCAAAGAGACACAUAAUCAAUAUCUGUGUGUGAAAUGGCCCAAAAGAGCCUGAUGGCAGAAAAUGCCUGUCUGCAGGGACACUUUCCUAUAACUAAAUACCAUACGUGGAAAACAUCUCCCUCUCUCUCUCUCUAUAUAUAUAUCUAUAUAUAAUAUUAUUUUUUAAUGGCCAUGCAUAUUGUGUUUCAGUCCUUUUGUGUUGAUGUUCUAAGCUUCAGGAUAGAAGCUGGCAGCCUGAUCUCAUUCAGAGGUUAAAUCAAUGCCUUUUCUCCAAAUGACCAUAUGAAGAACACUUUUCAUCAACCAUUCUUGAAAGUCCCCUUCUCCUUUGCACUAAAUUGGUUUUGAUAUACUGCAACAGCCUUCCCGUUACUCUUUGGUCUCUUUUGUGGUGUUCUGUCCUUUCUAGAAAGUUGAGUGUUUUUAAUAAUUAUAAUCCCAGAAGGAGUAAAAUGACGUAAUACGGAAUGGAGACAUUUUGUAUUGUAAAGUACUGUAAUUUUGAGAAUUUCAAAAUCAGUUUCAGAAUGAGAGAAUCUUUUCCGGUGCAGACAUGAUCUCACAAAAUGUUUUCCUGAGAUCCUGGCUCAUCCCCAGGACUUGGAUGCACUCAGCCCUUGGUCUGUCUGGCAAAGGUAGAUGGUGGAUCCGAGGGUGGGGAAUGAUGGCUCCAUAUUUGCUAAACCCACCAUUGCCUUUUGCUUUGAAAAGAUUGAGAAAGGAGCUUUCCUGACCCCAGAAGGUGGGAGUUGGAGUCUCUGUUUGCUGAUGUCCUUUCACCACCUUGAGGCUGGACCUCCUGUAGCAUCAGUUCCACACGUACCUUAGGGGACAGGCCAUGCCCUGCGGCGCUGGCAGGACACAGGUGCUCUUGGCUGUCUCUGCGCUUUAUUUGCACAUUCCAGAGGAGCUGCUGGGGUUGGGUUCAUCCCUGGUAGCGCUGCCUGCCUGUUGUAUUCUCCAGUGAACCCAGCCCCCAGUUUGCUGGUUCCCAGAGAACAGGCUCUGGGUCCCUUGUCCUGUGGGGCUGGUGUUCCUCCUCCUUUCACCUGCAUUUCCAGCACAUGCAGCUCUAAAAAACCCUCUGUUUCGGCGUGCCCCCUCUGCCAAGAGUCUCCCUGGUUUGGCUUUGGUCCUUGCCUCUGCCACCUCCUCACCCUGCCAGACGGUGUGUGUGCCUGGUGCCGAGCUUUCCUGAGCCUCCCAAGUGGCGCGGGCUGUGCCCUGCUGGGUGCUCCAGAGGUGUGUACAGCUGCUCAGCUGGAGCCUGGGCUCUGGCUUCAUGGUGGUGAGUGUAGAGAGCAGGCAGGAGGCAGGCUCUGAGGGGCCUGUGUCCUUGCAAAGGGUGGUGGUGGUGGUCAUACGCUAUGUCCCUCUGCCCCUUCGCUGAAAGCAAGUGGAUCAGUGCAAUGCCCUGCAAGAUGGAGAUCUGUAAUUUCCUGAAUUCAAAGCACCAUGUGCACUUCUUCUUCCUUCUCCUCAUCUCCAGCUGCAAAGCAGGAUGUGUUUCCUUAUGUGUUCCCUCACCCUGGGCUGGAAGUUGCCGGUGGCAUGAGCAGCAGGGACCAGUGUGCCAUCUUGCCCAACAGGAUUGCUCCAGCCCUGGGCCCUGGUCUCUGUCUGCUGGUCUCUGUCUGCUCUCCUCCACCUCCUCUCCCAGAGUUCCGGUGCAGCGUGGGGAUACCCCGGCACAUCUUGUAGCAGCCUCUCUGUGCCCUGAGGGCUGCUCUGAACUGCUCUCUCUUCCAAGCAUGAGGGGCUGGUGUGACCACGGGGUGAAUGUCCUCUGCUACAGCCAGGCUGCACAUCUCUGCUCCCCCUCUCAGCCAGCCCCCCGACUGUCCCUUCUGCCACAUACCCCUGGGUAUCUGCCCUUUUCCCAGUCAUGCAGGGAUUACUCUGCCCCUGGUACUCUUGGUGGAGAGUCCGCUGCAGCCCAGCUCCAGUCACAGUCCCUGCUUCAGUCCCAUGCAGGUGCUCCCCGCUUUGCACACCCCUUCCAUGGCAGCAGGCUCUGCACCACUGCUCUGUGCCUUGUCCUGGGUGCCCCUUCCUUCAGCCCCUUCCCAACAACCCCCUUGUCACCAGGACAUCACCAGUGAAGAAAAAUGGGGGGGGGGGGGGGGGGGUGGUUUAACCUUCCCAGUCCUGGCUGCCUCCCAGGAGCUUGGCUCCACAAUGCACCAAGUUCUGGCAGGUGAUGAGGGAUGCUCUCUCCCACAGCACGUUCCCAGGGUAAGGACUCAAUGGAGCCAGUGUUCCAGUUAGGAAACCCACUGUCAAUCUAAAUAUGCAACUGUGAAAGCCAGAAGCCCCUGGCUGGGGCAGUGGGGGCCCGGCUCUGUGCUGCUGUGUGGCCACGGCAACACUCAGCAUCCUUGGCUUUAUUGUCAUUGCCAAUAAUUGGAGUUGUUGCAUGUGCCCCUGCAAGACCCAAGAGUGACUCUUUGAGUCUUGUCCUCCUUCCCAGAGGAGAUGUUCAGCUCGUGGAUGCGGGCAGUCGGUGUCUGACCCACCACGUUCCAGUGUGUUCUGGGGAAAUGGGCUGUGCAAUGAUGUAAAUAAAAGUGAGACAAACUU